UAAAAGAAGCGGGAAAAACUCGUUAUAGACCCUAACCCAUAAUAUAAGUAAAAACUCAUCUAUCUCUACAUUAAUGCUCAGUUUUCUAUCUAAAAGUUUCAAUUUGCACAAAUUCAAGUUACUUUUUUUUUUUUCCUGGGAAACUUGAAGAGAAAUACCCACCAAAUUUUGAUCCCGCUAAAAUCCUCAACCGAAGGCAGCCAAUGAAUCAUCAAAUUAAAGUUCGUAUGAUGUUGUCAAUGAGUAUUCGCUGCAAUACUUGCGGAAAUUGCAUCGAUAAAGGAACCAAAUUCAAUUCUAGGAAAGAAGAUGUAAUUGGGGAGACAUACUUGGGCAUCCAAAUAUUCAGAUUCUAUUUCAAAUGCACAGAAUGUUCCGCUGAGCUGAUAAUUAAGACAGACCCACAGAACUCAGAUUAUGUAGUUGAGGCGGGUGCAACACGGAAUUUUGAACCUUGUCGGGAUCAAGCUGAGGAGAAGAAGCUGGACGAAGAGGAUGAGGAACUGAUUAACACAAUAUUUCAUUGAUCUCUAAAUUCUGAAACCAUCUGAAACAAUGAGUUGGCAUCUUUUACAACUAGUAAUAUAUGCACACGAUGCGUGCGACAAUAUAUUAAUAUUAAUAGUAAUAUCAAAAAGUGUAAAACUAAUGGUGAAUAUUUGAUGAGCGUUGUGAUUUUUCAUUUCCAUUGCUAGUGUAAAGAGUAAUGUUUUACAUAAAGGACUAAGUCAAGGUAGGAUAUGUUAUCGUGUAUUUAGAAGAAUAUAUAGUACUUCCUCCGUUUCUAAAUAA